CCAUGCCCAAGAGAAAGGCUGAAGGGGAUGCUAAAGGAGAUAAAGCCAAGGUAAGGGACGAACCACAGAGAAGAUCCGCGAGGUUGUCUGCUAAACCUCCUCCUCCAAAGCCAGAGCCCAAGACUAAAAAGGCCCCUGCAAAGAGGGGAGAGAAGGUACCAAAAGGGAAAAAGGGGAAAGCUGAUGCUGGCAAGGAGGGGAAUAACCCUACAGAAAAUGGAGAUGCCAACAGACCAGGCACAGAAAGCUGA